AUGUACAGGCAGAUUCUUGUGCAUCCAGACGACACUCGCAUGCAAAGAAUUCUUUGGCGCUUCAGCCACACUGAUCCUAUACGAACAUACGAAUUGCAGACUGUAACUUAUGGGUUAGCGCCUUCAGCUUUUCUCGCAACACGCACCUUGCAGCAGCUGGCAGAAGAUGAAGGCCAUACUUAUCCCCGCGGGAAGAAUGCACUGCUAAAAUGGUUUUAUGUCGAUGAUUGUAUCGGAGGUGCUGAGUCCAUCGAGGAUGCGAUUGAGCUUCGUGACGAGCUAGACAAGUUGCUGAGCAAGGGAGGAUUUCCUUUACGCAAAUACACAUCAAACAAAAUGGAAGUCCUCAAAGAUUUGAAAUCCGAUCAAAUAGGGACCCAGUCCAACUUCGAAUUCAGUCCUGAAGAAACCAUCAAAACGCUUGGGAUAACCUGGGAGCCGGAACCGGACACCUUUCGUUUCGAUUACAAUACAACUUCUCCAGAGAAAAUUACGAAACGUGCCAUAUUAUCAACCAUAGCCCAGCUGUUUGAUCCUCUCGGGUUAAUAUCUCCAGUUGUCGUACGAGCAAAAAUUUUAAUGCAAGAUUUAUGGUUGGAUUCAAGUGGCUGGGAUGACCAGGUUCCUCCUAGCAUAGAAAAACGGUGGGAAAAUUUUAAGAUUCAACUUCCUCAACUCUCCAAAUAUCGAAUACCGAGGUAUGCCCUCCUUCCGCAUUCCACCGUUGAACUACACACCUUUGUUGAUGCCUCCGAAGCCGCAUACGGAGCAUGCACGUAUGCUAGGUCCACUGAUGCAGCUGGGAAUGUCAGAAUUGAGUUGCUGGCAGCGAAAAGCCGAGUUGCUCCAUUGAAGAAGGUUUCCCUCCCCAGGCUCGAAUUAUGCGCGGCUGUCAAAGGCGCAGAGUUAUACUCGCGCAUCAUGCAAUCCUUGGAGUUCAACCCAUCUGCUUCAUAUUUUUGGACAGAUUCGACCGUGACGCUGCAAUGGCUAAAAUCGCCCCCCAGUACGUGGAAGACAUUCAUCGCAAACCGAGUUUCUGAAAUCCAGAACACAACUCACAAUGCAAAUUGGAAUCAUGUUGCUGGAAGCCAGAAUCCAGCCGACAUGGUAUCCAGAGGUGUCUCCGUGGAUAAUUUUAUAUCUAAUCAGCUGUGGAAAAAGGGACCAUCGUGGUUGGCAGAACCACGAAUAAGCUGGCCAAUAUCAGAAACAUGUCCGUCCAAUAUGCCCGAAUGUGAACGCCGAGACAUGAUUGUAGCUGUUAUCCGCACUGAAGCUCCCGAUCCGCUGUUUACAACAUAUCCUGUUUUAAAAACGUUAAUCAGAACCACCGCUUACUGCAUUCGAUUUUUCAAAAUACUUCAAGCAAAUUUUCAUAAAAGAGUGGCACCCGAUAUUAGUAAGCGACCAUCGCUAGAGGAAAUGAAGCAUGCAAAAUUAGCAUUGAUAAGGUGGGCUCAGAGGGAGGCAUUCGGGAGAGAAAUAGGCGAUUUAAAAAAAGGCUCACAAUUACCAAAGGCUUCUCAGAUCAAGGCUCUUAAUCCGUUCAUUGAUAGCGAGGGGACGAUCAGGGUGGGAGGUAGGCUGAGGCAUUCGGAACAGUCUUAUGAAUUCAAACAUCCUAUAUUGCUUCCAAAUUUCCACCCUCUUUCGAAGUUGAUUGCUCAAUUUUACCACUACAAACUGAUUCACGGUGGCGGCCAAGUGAUGCUGGCUGUGAUACGCGAAAAAUAUUGGCCCAUAAAUGGACGUCGGCUGGUGAGAAAUAUUGUUCGAAAUUGCUUCCACUGUUCCCGAGCGAAUCCCGUUCCAGCACAGCAGCAAACUGGUCAGCUGCCAUUCCAUCGCACUGCGCCUAGCAGGCCCUUUUCAAUUGCGGGAGUUGAUUAUGCUGGACCUUUAUAUUUGAAGCCGGUCCACAAACGAGCAGCACCACAGAAGGCCUAUGUAUGCUUGUUUGUUUGUUUUUCGACGAAAGCUGUUCAUAUUGAGCUGGUCAGCGAUCUCACGACACCAGCCUUUCUCUCAGCACUGCGUAGAUUUGUAGGGCGCCGUGGACCACCAGCUCAUAUCUAUUCGGACAACGGGAAAAACUUCGUUGGGGCCAAGAACGAGCUCCAUCAAAUCUACACUAUGUUGCACAGUUCUGCAGAGUCAGGACAGAUCGACGAAUUCUGCCUCCAGAAGGAAAUCGAGUGGCAUUUGAACCCUCCUAGAGCACCGCAUUUCGGAGGAUUGUGGGAGGCUGCAGUAAAAAUUGCGAAAAGGCACCUGUACAGGCAGCUAGGAGCCAGUCGACUUUCCUUCGAAGAUAUGUACAGCAUCCUGGUAGAAAUUGAAGCAGCAAUGAACUCCAGACCACUGACACCGUUGACAGAGGAUCCGAAUGAUCUCACAGCGCUUACACCGGCACAUUUUCUCAUCGGCACGACGAUGAAUUCUGUUCCUGAGGUCGACGUUUCGCAGCUGCCAAUUUCAAGGCUGGAUCACUACCAACGAAUGCAAAAGUUAUAUCAAUCGUUCUGGUAUCGAUGGCGUACAGAAUACCUACAGGAGCUUCAAAGGGACACUAAAGUUAUCCAGCCUAACAACGAAAUUAAACCUGGGAGACUAGUUGUUAUUGUUGACGAUUUUCUUCCUCCAGUCAAAUGGCCUCUCGCACGCAUUGUUGACAUCAAACCGGGAGUUGACAGACUCUCACGAGUAGUCACUCUUCGCACCGCCAAGGGGUACAUCACUAGGCCGAUUACCAAAAUCUGCCUGUUGCCGCACACGGAAAACCUGAGGAGAGACAAUUCAACAUCGAACGAAUCUGAUAAUCAACUGAUACAGUUCCAGCGUAAUUGA